CUAGUGACUAGCAAACUCAUAUUAAUGAGGAUGCAGGAAAACAUUAUUCCUAGAAUAUCAAAAACUAGCAAGCUAGUUCUGUUUUCAGCUGGAGACCUUGAGCUGGAGUUUAGCCAUCAACUUCUCUUUGUAACUUUCUCUCUUCAAGAGGCAAUGCCUAGCACGAGGGUUAUCAUCAGAAAAGAAUUGUGUCUUCUUAUCUGCUUCAUAUUUUUAUUUAGCUUCUUUUUAUCUUCAUCUUUUGCAACAGACACACUAACACCCGGAGACACACUUACAGUCAAUCAAACCCUGGUUUCAGCUGGUGGAGUUUUCGAGCUUGGCUUCUUCAAAAGUGACUUUUCAGGUAGUUACUAUCUAGGAAUUUGGUUCAGAGCCGAUGCAAACAAGGUUGUUUGGGUUGGUAACCGCAGAGUUCCCAUAUUGGACGCUUCAGGAAGUCUUCAAAUACUAUCUGGGAAUCUGGUUCUUAUAGACCGCCGUCAAAACCCUUUGCUAGUCAGUACAGGAAAUGUUGCCAUGGCCAUAAACGCAACCGCAACACUUCUUGACUCUGGAAAUUUUAUCCUUAAAGAAGAAAAUACAGGUACUAUGCUAUGGCAAAGUUUUGAUAUUCCUACUGAUACUUAUCUUCCUGGGAUGAAACUUGGUUGGUCUCAGCUUAACAGUAACCAGCCAAUCCUUCGCGCUUUUGUUUCUUGGGUCAACCCCCAAAAUCCUGCUCUUGGCAACUUUACUUUAACCAUGAACAGGAUCAACUUUAAAAAGCUUCAGGUUUGGCGAGGAAAUAUUCAAAUGAAUGUUGGGUCUUGGGAUGGACAUAAUGUGCGGUUUAUCUUUAAUAACUCAACAAGUGGAAAUGACUACAAUUUUAGUUACCACUCCAAUGCAGAUGAAGUCUACUUUACUUUUAGUGGGAAUAAGAAUUAUGACCUCAUGUGGUUUGUGAUGGCUUCCACGGGAAAGCUAGAUCAGUAUUAUAUGGUGGAUGGGAAGAUUUCUUCUGUGAGUAAUGCUGUGUGUGAUCCAACUGGGAGCUGCUUGAAUUCCCUACCGUCUAUGUGUAAGAAUGGUGAUAGUUUUUCACAGGUGAAGGGUUCACUGCCUUCUACUUUUAAUAGUGGUUCUAUAAAUCUGGGGACUACAGAUUGUGAAUCUUGGUGCCGGAGCAAUUGUUCUUGUUCAUCAUUUGCUUCACCUCAGAAUGAUCAAGUAUGCCAACUUUAUUACGGGAGUACACAUGAUUUAUUGAAGAUCAUAGAGAAGGGGACAGGAAUUAUAUACAUCCGCGGUGGUGCUCCAAGUGACGGUAAGAACUGGAAACUCUGGUUGGCUACUGUCCUUCCUUUGGCGUCCCUCUUGGUUCUUAUUCCAACCUCCUUAUGCUGCUAUCUGCGCUGGAGAAGAAGACGUAAAGCAGAGGAUCCAGUAACCAGACGGGAAGGAAUUAUCAAUUUGGAUCUGGUGAGUUUAUUCCAAAUGGGAACUAAUGAGUCACAACUUCGUCAUGAUGAAGUCAGAGGUACAAAUAACCUGGAAUUAGGCAGACAGAAGGAUCAAGAACUGCCCUUGAUUAGCUUUGCUACCAUACAGACUGCAACACAUAACUUUGCGGAGGCCAAUAAACUUGGGGAAGGAGGAUUUGGGCCUGUCUAUAAGGGGAAGUUACCAGUAGAAGGACCUGUAAUUGCAGUGAAAAGACUGUCCAAAAUUUCCCGUCAAGGGUUGGGGGAGUUCAAAAAUGAAGUCUCAGUAAUUUGUAAGCUUCAACACAGGAACUUGGUUAGGCUUUUUGGAUGCUGCAUUGAAGCAGAAGAAAGUAUACUUGUUUAUGAGUACAUGCCCAACAAAAGCCUGGAUUUUUUCAUUUUUGACUCAACCAAACGGGUACUUUUGGAUUGGAGAAAGCGCAUAAACAUUAUUGAAGGCAUUGCUCAAGGACUUCAAUAUCUUCACAAAUACUCAAGAUUAAGGAUCAUUCACCGUGAUUUAAAGCCCAGCAAUAUCUUGUUGGACAGUGACAUGAACCCAAAAAUUUCUGAUUUUGGCAUGGCAAGAAUUUUUGGGGAUAAUGACUCUAAGGGGAAAACAAACAGGGUUGUUGGCACAUUUGGUUACAUGUCUCCUGAGUAUGCCAUGGACGGGCUCUUUUCUGAAAAGUCAGAUGUGUUCAGCUUUGGGGUGAUCUUAUUAGAGAUCAUAAGUGCCAAGAAGAACAUUGCCUUCUUUGAGGCAGAUCACUCUCUGAACUUACUUGGCAAAGCUUGGAAUCUGUGGAAAGAAGGCAAUAGCAUGGAGUUGAUGGAUCCAACACUCGGUGGUUCUUGUUCAAGCAGUGAAGCUAUCAGAUGCACUCAAAUUGGUCUUCUUUGUGUGCAAGAAAGAGCUACUGAUCGACCAACAAUGUCAGAUGUUAUUUCUAUGCUAAGCAAUCAGUCAUGUCCUCUGCCGCUUCCCAAACAGCCUGCAUUUUUGAGUCAGUUAAGUUCAACUGAUGCAGAUUCAUCUUCAAGAAGGCACAGACAUUACUCUCGAAAUGAUAUGACCAUUUCAGAAGAACAUGGCAGGUAGAAAGUCAGAAUUCACUGGGCUUUGCAAUUAAUAAUAUUGCUGCUGCCUUUGUAGGGAUGAUUUUAUUUGUAUCAAAAGUGUAAUGUAAUGCAAAAGGGAAUCACAGUUUUUACCCAUAAUCACAGUUGUUACCCAUAUGUAUGAUCAUAGAGGUUCCCAUUGGUAUGGAAAUGUUUAUAUUCUUUUUGGCCAA